AUCUGGAUAUAAGCUCAGAACUCUCAUGCAUAUGAGAUUGCGGGCAUGCUUCGAGCCUCUAGUUGACGGGACAGUCGCCACCUUCACAUACCCUAGCCUCUCUUAGCGAGCCGCUAGUGCUCUGUCGCAGCCAUGCCGUCGUGGUCAAGCUUCCUUCCGUCCCGCCAGCAGAUCGGGGUCGCCGACGUCCAGAAGAGCACGAACCCUAGCACUUCUGGGUCCGAGAAGGGCUUCCACGACAAAGACGCUGAUUCUGUGUCCGUCGUCCGAGAGGCGGAGAACAUCGGCCCUGGGGACUUGAGUCUGGAGGAAGAUGCUGCCGGUGGAAUGGGUCGCCAUCUCGGCGUGUUCAGUUGUACGCUUCUCAUCGUAGGACGGAUCAUCGGUACGGGUAUCUUCUCAACACCAUCGUCAAUCCUCGGGUCCGUCGGAUCCGUCGGUGCUUCCCUGAUGCUUUGGGUGCUCGGCUUCAUGCUGUCGUUCUGUGGUCUGUUCAUUUGGCUCGAGUUUGGCACGAUGUACCCGCGCAGCGGAGGCGAAAAGGUCUAUCUCGAGGCCGUAUACACAAGGCCUAGGUAUCUCGCAACCGUCAUCUUCGCCGCCAAUGCCAUCCUGCUAGGCUUCACUGCAUCGGGGUGUAUUGUGUUCGCUAGCAACAUUUUGGAAGCCGUAGGGAAGGAGGCUACGGAAUGGGCGGAAAGAGGCAUUGCCUUGGGCGCGAUCUUCUUUGUGACACUCCUCCAUGGUAUCACACCGCGCCUGGGUGUCUACGUCAUGAAUGGUCUCAGCGUCUUCAAGAUUAUCAUUCUACUCUUCGUAGUCAUCAGCGGCUGGGUCGUCCUUGGCGGUCACACAAGAGUGAAGGACCCGUUCGUCAACUUCCGCCAUGCCUUUGCUGGCAGCUCACACAGCUCGAACGACUAUGCGACGGCGACAUUCAAGGUGUUGAGUGCGUAUGCGGGAUGGUCGAACGUGAACUACGUCUUGAACAAUGUCAAGAACCCGGUUCGGACGCUCAAGAUUGCUGGCCCGCUCGGACUCGGUAUUUGUGCGGUGCUGUACUUGCUGGCCAACGUAGCUUACUUUGCCGCCGCCUCGAAGGAAGAGAUCCAGAAUACUGGCGUAACCGUCGCUUCUCUGUUCUUCCACAAUGUGUUCGGUACGAAAGCCCAGAAGGCCCUCACCGUCUUCGUUGCGCUCAGCGCGCUCGGCAACGUCAUUAAUGUAACCUUCGCUGCGGCUCGGGUGAACCAGGAGCUCGCCAAGGAGGGCGUCCCUCUGCCCUUCGGCAGUCGCUUGUGGGCAUCGAACUGGCCGACGGGCAAGUCUCCACUCGCAGGAUUAAUCGCCCAUCUGAUUCCAUCUGUCAUCGUCAUUCUGGCCCCUCCGCCCAACAUCGUAUACCCCUUCAUCCUUGACGUCGAAGGUUAUCCUAGCCAGAUCAUCAACUUUUUCAUCGUUCUGGGUCUCUUCUGGCUCAGAUGGAAAAAGCCCCACGUGCACCGACCUUUCAAAGUGUGGUGGCCGCUAGCUGUAUUCUUCCUAGCAGCGGCAACGUUCCUGCUCGUCGCGCCCUUCCUUAGGCCCGCGAACGGCGUCGGCGAUACGCCGCCACUGCCAUACUACCUGUACUGCUUGGUUGGCAUCGCAGUCAUGUUCGCAGGUGUCUUGUACUGGGCGGGAUGGCGCAUGCUUCUUCCGAAGAUCUUCGGCCACGAGCUCGUCCCGCGAAAAGAGACAUUGGCCGACGGGACAGUCAUUACACGAUUCUCACGAAGAAAUGCCGAAUAG